GGCCGCCCCCUCUCGAGGUAGCUGUGAGGAUUUGUGCAGUGCCCUGUGGCCACCGUCAGUCCAGCUUACAGUUGAGGAAAGGUACAAGGGUUACGUGGCUUCCCUCCGUGUCACUGACAGACCCAGGUCCCAUGGCUCUGGGUGGAGAAACUGGGACCUCCUGGAUCUCAGUCUGGUGCUCCUUCCGUCUUGCCGGGUGAGCUGACAGAGCCCCGCAGAACAGCCCAGACUCCCUGUGCCAAGUGACCCGAGUCCCUCCCUGUUCUUGUGCCCACAGGGCCCGCCUGCUUCCUGGUCGGAAGAGAAGGGAGUGUGAAAUCACCUUCUGAGGCAGGAGCGUGACCAAUGCCAGAACCUUCAGCAGACCCGGGGAAAGGCUUUCCGCUGCGUCCUCACACCACGGCUGAGCCCUGAUUGGUGGGGAUGGGCUUGUUCAAGGGAAAUGCGUGACCAAGGAAAGAACAGCUGAGUAGAAAAGCUGUCACCCGAGACAUCCAUCGUCGACUUCCAGUUCCAAGAUCUGCAGCCACGGGACGGCCGGUGGUCCCAGCACACUUGGCCAAACCCACCUUCCGUGGGCAGAAGCUCUGAGCAGCCCAGCCGGCCUUGACCUCCCCACCCCAUGGAGCUGGACCGCAGACACAGGCGUCCAGUCUACAGCCUCACGGCUCCCCAGAGGAACGCGUGACACAGAGCUUGCUGGCUUAUCGAGCAUAGUUCUGAGCCUGAACAGAAAUGGAUUUUGUGUCGCUCAGGCUCAUCUGGAAUCAGAUCAGCUCCCUGCUGUCCCAGCCCUGCUGGCUGUUCUUUCGGCGCCUGCUGGACUCAGGGCGCAGGCCUGCUCUCUCCUGGGAGCUGUGGCUCACGAGCAUUUCCAGCACCUUGCUUGCACGUGGUGUGCCCCCCGCGCCCCCGCAAGCCCCUAGUGAAAUCUGAUGGGAUUGUGGAGCCUGCGCAGGAGCGGAGGAGGUCUGUCAACGCACGUGUCAGUUAUUCCUUGCUGUCCUACCUGCCUACAGCAUUCUCGAAGCCCCGUGAGCACAGAACUCCAGGGGGUCCCCCGAGGCACAGGAGCUCUGUGAGACUCAAAGUGAGUACAAGACACGUGUGUUACAUCAAGGAUGGGGUGAGCAAGGGCAAUGACACCCCGAAAGGCCACACUUUGCAAUCAAACCAGAACUUGCUUGGAAUGCAGAAAGAAGGCAGUGGGGUUCUAGGGAACGUGAAUGACCAAGGAACCCUGUCUCUUAUUCUUACUCAGGUUAUUUUCCUGUGUCAGCCAAUCGCUUACAGAGAAAGUGAGGGCACAGAAGGAAGUGGAGACACAGGGCACCCACGGUUCCCUUUCCUCCCGUCCUCCUCACUCAGAAGGAGGGCAAAGGCACAGUGUGUGGGUGGAAUGUCAAGGAGCGACAUAAAAACUGUUGAGUUAGUGUAGUGUUUCUACUGUUCUGGAAAGGACGAAAAUACUUUUGCGUACAAACUGCAAAAUAUGAAGAGUGUGAUUUCGAUGAUUCCAUAUACGAGUUAAAUGGCCUUAUAUUUGCAUUUAAAACUGCCACUGCACAAUACGAUGUUGAAUGGUGUAGUUAGAAUGGCAUUAAAUAGCAAAUAAAAACACCAUGACAAGUGGAGACGGAGGGUAUCGUGGAAGAAAGAAGCAAGUUUGGUAUUUUAGCAAUUUUUUUUUAAGAUUUUAUUUAUAUAUUUGACAGAGAGAGACACAGCAACAGAGGGAAUACAAGCAGGGGGAGUGGGGGAGGGAGAAGCAGGCUUCCUGCUGAGCAGGGUGCCCGAUGCGGGGCUCGAUCCCAGGACCCCGGGAUCAUGACCUGAGCCGAAGGCAGACACCCAACUACUGAGCCACCCAGGCGCCCUGGUAUUUUAGCAAUUUUAAUGGCACUUGCCUCCUGGUUUUUGCACAAACAUCCCACAUUUUCAUGUUGAACAAGGGGCCUUGCAAUCAUGAAGACAGUCCUGGUUGGGGGGUGAGGAUGGGAGACAGAGAGGAUGAGAAGCCCCUCGAUAUCUCAGUUAUUCAGGGGCGACCCGGGACGCUGGUCUCUGAUGGAGUCUGGGGACAGGAUCCACCAUGAUGAUGAUGAAGAUGAUGGUGAUAAGCCCACCGUAUUGCGUCACGCACGAGGCACGCAGUGGCCCACUCAUCUCCAUGGCAACCUGGAGGCAGGGACAAUUACUUUCUACCCUGCAGAGGAAGAAACCAAAGCUCUGAGGGCCUUUGCAGCCUGCCUGCAUCCCUAGCUGGCAAACGGCUCAGCCAGGAACCCUGCACUGUCAAACCUUGGUCACCAAUAUCUCCGUUCUCCCACCUGCCGGGGAGAGCACACCUGAUCCCUUGGCCUCUGUCUGAUGACCUCAGGCUCCUUUUGGUAAGAAACAGGGUCAUUCAUUUUAUUUCUUUUUUUUUUUUUUUAAGAUUUUAUUUAUUUAUUUGAGAGAGAGACUGAGAGAGGGAGAGCAUGAGAGGGGGGAGGGUUGGGAGGGUCAGAGGGAGAAGCCGACUCCCUGCCGAGCAGGGAGCCCGAUGCGGGACUCAUCCAGGGACUCCAGGAUCAUGACCUGAGCCGAAGGCAGUUGCUUAACCAACUGAGCCACCCAGGCGCCCAUUCAUUUUAUUUCUUUAUAAAAAUUGAAUGAGAGUAAUACAUGAUGACUAAUAAACCAUUUGAAGUACACAAAAGUAUUUUCAAAGUACUGAUAGAGAAAACCCAGCAGCUCCUCCCUGGCCCCACCCCUGUUCAGUGAAUAUCCUUCUAGAACUUUCUCCAUGCAAGCCGGGGUUUGUUAACAGCUUUCGGGGUGCGGGGCCCAGAGUGGAAGAUGCUGGAUAGAGAGAACAAAGAACCCAGGCAUGUGUUUUGAAAGCCAGGAAGUCAGGAGCUGUGGGGCUGUGUCCCACAGUGGUGGGCUUCUGAAAGUAGACCAUGAACCAGCCUGGGUCAGGGUUUGUAAAUAGCGGUCCCCCUUCCCACACAUCUCCCGGAGUAGCCAUGGAAGGGCAUGGCUGUCUGGAGGCCCCACAGAGCUGGAUCGCGGAUGUCCAGGGGCCCCUACUCAGGCGUGGCACGGAAACAGCAGACUUGCCCACCUUCACACAACCACAGGGGCUGGAUGCCCAGGCCCCAGGGAGGGCUGCUGUGGCCUGAAGACCCGAAAUCCCCUCUGUGAAUUUCCCAGAGCUCUUGUUUGACCACCCAACACAAUAGUAUUGGAUCGCUUCCUCUCCUCUUGGGUGAGGGUUCCAAGACAAGUUUGUGUUGAUUUAGGACAAAUUAACAAACAUGACAUCUUAACGUCCAAGUGAAAUAGUGAUAUUGAGCUGAAUGACCCUGAGGUCCCGGCCAACCCUGGCUUCUUGGUAGGCCACAUCUGGGGUCAGCUCUUGCCCUGGGGACCCAAAGGUGCCUCCUUCUCAUGGCCCCAUGUGUGCUCUCUGCCUAAGGCCCUAUCCUGAUGGGAGGGGGGCUGGCCCCCCUGCUCAUGAGGAUGCACAUGGCUGUCUCAUUGGGAUUCCACAAGGGGAGGAGGGAGAUCUGCUAACAGGUUCUUAGAGACCUGUGAUUCCCUCUUGUCCCAGAGAAGACCCCCCUCUUUGGUAACAAGUGGGCUACCUGCAGCUCUGAGGUGCUUACUUGGUGGUGGCUAUGGGGUCCAAUCCAGGGAGCUGGUAAUUUCCCAGAGCUCCUCCCAGAGACCCCAAAGGCCAAGCCAAUGGCUCCAUGCUGGGAUCUGAACCCAGGCUCAUCUGGCUCCUGGAUCUAAGCUCUUGAGAGACAGGAGACAGGUGUAUGCAGGCAGAUAUUCUGGGAAACUGGGCCCUCUGGGACUUCUUCUGGCAGCCCAGAAGGGAGCUUUUGUCACCACCAUGGUGGAUCGGCUUUGCUCUUGGGGUACAUUUGGGCCUGGGACGUGGGCGGGGGAGCACUCCUCACAACCUGAGGCCAGCCCCCCCUUUCUUGUAACUUCAUACAAGACCAGCCCCACUUGGGCUCCCAGCUACGCUGUGACUCAGACUUAAUGGAAUCACCAUGGGGUGGCAGAAAUGGCAUGGUUCUGGCUGACCUCAGUUUCUUGUUUUUGGAGAAUGGUAGCUAGAGUUGAUUGUCCCCCGACUCUAUGUCCAGAUGACUCUCACAAAGCUCUUUCCCCCAGGCCAAGCCGAGAGGCCUGGUUUCCAUGUUAAUCCGGGGAAGAAGUCAUUCAGAGAGUUUCACCAAAACACAUCCCAGAUCCACUUGGGCUGGGAGGGGCCACUGUACUUGCCUGCUGGGAGGCAUGUUGAGAUUUUUCACCUCUCGUGGCUGGAAGCAGCCUUCACUGGCGGCACCGAGGGGCUGACUCCCUGGUCAACUUUCUCGAGCGUCGAUUUACCAGAUGCAUCAAUCUCCCAGAUGGUAACUAAUUCAAAACAACAUUUUAUUAAAACAAACUAAGAUAUUAUGAAUUAAAUAUAAAGUCUGCGGGAACCCUGAAGAUCAAACGAGAUACUGCAGAAAUUUCACAUUUGUAGAGAGUUGCUCUGAGUUACUGCUCCCAGGAGCCCAGAUUGAAGUUUACCCUCCUCUGCCUGGGAUGCCCUGAGAACCAGAGAGAGGGCUGGGAAUGAUGACUAGCUCCUGCCCAGCACUCCAGAGUUUGCAGAGUGAGGGCACAUUUUGAUCUCCCUGCACCUGAAGUACCCAGGGUGGUGAAUAAGCAGUAUGAAUGACCUUUAUCCACUUUCCACAGGCAAGAGAGGGUAAGCCCAGGGUCACAGCUGGCCGUGCUCAUGCCUCCCGACAUGCUACCAACCUUUCUCCUCCACUUUCUCCUUUCUGGUUCUCUACUCUGGGAUGCUACAGGGCUGCCUGGGGGACAGGGAUGGUUGGUCCUGACUUCUUGAGGGAAGUUGCGAUUUGCUGGAUGGCUGCAUCCCUGGCUGGGGAUGAAGGCUGAUUUUUGUCCCUACAGCAGAAUGGGAGAAGAUGGCCAGUUGACCUUUCUUCAAGGACAUUGCUGCCUGAGUGCAUAUGGGGUGCUGGAGGAUGCCACAGUGCUUCUCUUUGCCAAAGGAAUGUUCUGACUUCCUUUCUGUUAUCUGUACCAGGGCUCAUGUGUGCAUUUGGGAAGGCGUGUUGGGAACAGCUGGGUCCAGCCUUUGUCCCUCUGACCCAGCAUCUUGUUCCUGUCCCAUGUUCCCACCUGCUCCACACGUUGCUCCAGGGGUAUGGAGGAGAAGGCAGUGGCUGGGAUGGUUCUAGAAGAGGGCCACCUGUGGACUCUUGCUUUUCUUCUGGGGGUCAGGGCAAGGAGGUAUUUGGUUGGUGUUUGGUCGGCUCAGGUUAUAUGUGGGUGCUGGGGAUGGCCACGCAGUGUGUGCAGAUGAAGAACGUGCAGAGGACCACGCCACAGACCCUGUCCAACCUCUGCUUGAAGAUGAACGUCAAACUGGGAGGCAUGAACAGCAUCCUACUGCCUCAGGGGAGGCCGCCCGUGUUCCAGCAACCCAUCAUCUUUCUGGGGGCCGAAGUCACUCGCCCACCCGCUGGGGACAGGAAGAAGCCUUCCAUCACCGCCGUCAUGGGCAGCAUGGAUGCGCACCCCAACCGCUACUGCACCACUGUGCGGGUUCAGCUGUACCGUCAGGAGAUCAUCCAGGACCUGGCCACCAUGGUCCGUGAGCUCCUCAUCCAGUUCUACAAGUCCAUGCGCUUCAAGCCCACGUGCAUCAUCUUCUACUGCGACGGCGUCUCCGAGGGCCAGUUCCAGCGGGUCCUCCACCAUGAGUUGCUGGCCUUCUGCAAGGCAUGUGUCAAGUUAGAAAAGGACUACCAGCCAGGGAUCACUUUCAUAGUGGUACAGAAAAGGCACCACACGCAGCUCUUCUGCACCGACAAGAAUGAGAGGGUUGGGAAAAGUGGAAACAUUCCAGCAGGCACAACUGUGGACAUGAACAUCACCCACCUGACCGAGUUUGACUUCCACCUGUGUAGUCACGCUGGCAUUCAGGGAACAAGCAGGCCUUCCCACUAUCACAUGCUUUGGGAUGACAGUCGUUUCUCUUCCAACAAGCUGCAGAUUCUCACCUACUAGCUGUGUCACACCUACGUGCGCCGCACGCGAUCCGUGUCCAUCCCGGUGCCAGCAUACUACGCCCACCUGGUGGCUUUCCGGGCGGGGUACCACCUGGUGGCCAAAGAACAUGACAGUGCUGAAGGAAGCCAUACCUCCAGGCAGAGUAAUGGACGAGACCACCAAACGUUGGCAAAGGCAGUCCAGGUUCCUCAGGACACCUGGGCACCAUGUAUGUUGCUUGACAUGUUUUAGUGUUUACGAUUGUGUACCGAGUUGGAUUCACAUGAAACCAGCUACACUCAGACCAACAGAUGCCCAGCCCUUCCAUGACAGCCAGCAUCGAACAUGAGAUGUCAUUGAUUUUAGUAGAUUCUCCAUUUUCCAGAAUGCCUUCCGUCCCAGAUUUCAAACUUGGAUUUUGAACUGCAGACCUGUAUAAGACUCCAUUGUCGUAGGAAAUACGGUUUGCCAAAAUCUAUAAGCUGCUUAUUAAAAUAGAGUCCCGUGUUUCCUAAAAAAAAAAAAAAAAGGUUAUGUGUGAGAAAAUAGCCCUUCAUUCCACAUGGGGACCUGAAUUUGUUCUUCCCUCCAGCCUUGGGAGCAGCAGAUCGAGGGGAUGGGCAGCUCCCCUCUCUGUCCUGUCUCCCUUGGACCACAUGCUUUUCUACCCAUUAGAACACAGUUGCAGCAGACUUCUGGUGGGGCCUGUGAUGGUGGGAGGAGAGCUCUCCAAGCCUCUGGGAAGUUGUUGGCACACAAACCAUGAGCACACCCUUGCUGGGAGAAGCGUCAGCUCCUUAUCCUUAUAAGUGGCAAUAUGAUCUUAGAAAGGUGAAAUUAAUGCUGGCAGCUAAUAGGGAGGGCCCAGGGUAAGCCAGUCAUGAUGGCUGGCCCUUCUCAGCAUUGGUACAUCGCAAUGGUUUUAUGAUGAGUUGUAAUCAGUCCCAUUUUACAGGUGCAAAAACCAAGGCUUACCAAGGCCUCUGCACUGUCACCUGUCAAACUCUGAGCCCUUUUCCAUGAAGCUCUGCAGGCAUCAUUCCAUUUUCAUCUCUUAAUGACCUUCCGGGCAAGUACUACAGUGAUGUCAUCCUAUAGGUGGGGACACUGGGGCUCAGAGAGGCUCAGUGGUUUGCCCUAGUUAUACAGCCAAGUGGUGUCCUAGAACUAUACAGGCCCUAGAACUCUGCUCUGUCUGACCCCAGAGCCAUUGCUCUUUACCACUGGGCAGGUGGGGUGCUCUGGGGAAGGAAUAUUCUUGCAAUCAAGGGGCCAAAGCAGCUGAGAUCACAAGACAGGGGUGAUGCACAGGCCAUGAUUCCAUCAUCCACCCUCUACUGGUCAUGGAGUAGAGGUCAUAUCCCCACUGCUUAGGAAAGGCUGAGCCAUCACAUUGUGGUGGGCAGCGCAUGAAGCAGUGCUGGGCACUUGAUCAGCCUGUCCAUGCAUGGCCAGGGGCUGGCUGUGAGCCUGUGGCUUCCUGUUGAGUUGAAAAGCCAUGUCUAGGCUUCUCCCCAGGCCUCCAAAGAAGCACAAUAACCUAGGCAAUGUGAUUUUUCUAUCGUUAAAUUGCUACAUUGUCAUCUUUUCAAUAAAAAUGACAUACUAGCAUUUCUCUGUUCUCUUAGAAAUUCAUCACGCACCUAGGAAAUACAGAGAUAGCCAAGAGCAUUCAGAGCCCUUUGCUUUGCAUGUCAAUUCAUUGCUUCAUUCACCCAAAUGUCCUUGCUUGGGGGCUGGGGUCCUCAGGCCUGUCCUCAGGGAACUCACAGUCUACCGGGGAGAUGUAGAAGUAUCUUGGGCAGCUCUAAAACUACACCUGUAUUGAUUGAUUGACUUAUUAACUGGUUCAAUGAAUAUUUAUUGAGGAUCUAUUAUGUGUAGGAAAUUGAUUUUUAAAUUAUUCAUAUUUUGCAUUCCUUUAUUGGUUUUAGAAUUGUAAAGUGCCUUGUGAUAUGUUCUAUAAAAACCCAACAGACUUGUGACCUUGUUCACUUCUAGAAUAAAGAUCAUCUUCUACAAAUCGAAAUCUAGACUGAGGGUUUGAGCAUGCUCUAUAUGUCAUGUUUUGAGUGUAAGCGAGAAGCAUCCUGGUGUUUCUCCACCCUGGCUAUGAAUUAGAAUCAUCUGGGGUGGGAGGUUUAUAAAGGGUCCAUGCCGUUGUCUGGGCCUUACACCUAUCGCUUCUGAUUUCAUAGGUUUGAGGUGGGGCUCUGGGAGAAAGCUGUCUUGUAAGACUCCCCGGGUGACUUUCCUGGGCAGCCAUACCGUGAACCAUUGGUCUAUGCCAGUGGCUCUUAACCUUAGCUACACAUUAGAAUCUCCUGGAGAGUAUUAAAAGGUCCCAUGCCAAGGCUGCACCCAGUCUGCUAAGUCAGAACAUCUGGGGGGUGGCACCCCACCACCAAUGUAUGUUAAAGCUCCCCAGAUGAUUCCAAUGUGCAGCCAAGAUUGAGAGGCUCUGGUCUGCUCCAAUUUUAUUUUAUUUUUAUUUUUUAAAAAUUUAUUUAUUUAUUUAUUUUAUUUAUUUGAGAGAGGGAGAGUGAGUGAGACAGAGGGGGCGGGGAGAGAAUCUGAAGCAGACUCUGCACUGCGCACAGAGCCCGAUGUGGAGCUUGAUCUCCCAACUGCAAGAUCGUGACCUGAGCUGAAACCAAGAGUUGGAUGCUCAACCGCUUGAACCACCCAGGUGCCCCAGUCUGCUCCUAUUUUCUGUUCACAAACGAGUUGAGGAUGGCAUCACAGAGGCUGUGAGAUUGGAGCUGGGUUUUGAAGGAUGAAUAGGAGUUUGCUAGGAUACUC